UGUGCGCAUACCUGUGUGGUGUUUGUGUUUGCUGGGUGUUUUGGUGCGAGUUUGGGCAAUUUUGGUUAAUUUGUAACACUUCUGACGGGAGGAUCUCCAUCAGAAUGAGUUCCACCACUCCAGAGUGGCUUGAGGGCUGCAAGCACCAUGUCACAGAGACAAACGAAUGGAAGAGCUUCACUGUUGAGCUGUUUGAUGCCAUACAGCAGCAGCUGACAGAGAGUCAUGUGAAGUAUUUCAGUGAUCUGUCUGAGGCUGAAAAGGAACUGUUUAUGGAGAGGGCUGUCAGGGCCAUUCAGCACGGUUCCUCCUUCACCACCCUGAAUGCCCAGGUGUCCAAGAUGCUGGACAUGGCUCUCAACAACGAGGUGGCCAGAGAGCUCCUGGAGGACCACCCAGUCAACACCAAGUCUGACCUGGUGCUGGGCCACGCUCGGGACGGAGCGGUCAGUCUGCUGCAGCGCUGGCCAGACAUGAGGGAUAAGUUACACCUGUGUCUGAACCAGCCCCUACCCCCCACACUCAGGCAGCUGGCAUGGAAACUACAUCUCAGGAACUCCAAACUGCGCAGACAGUAUGCCACAGCUGUGAAGACUGAGUCUCCCUCCCUGAAGUCCCCCUGGCACAGAGAGAUUUGUCAGAAGUGUGAAGACAUCUUGCAGUCCGAGCCCACCUUCAAACCUCUGGCAAACCAUUAUGGUGUGUUAACAGCAAUGCAGUCUGUCCUGUCCUACUACCACGCCAGUCUACAGACAGCCUCCACACUGCCUGACAUGGACUACCUGUUACUGGUGCCGUUCCUGGCUGUCACACAGAACACCCUGUCUGUAGACGCCCCUGCAGGAGACAAUGUUAAAGCUCUGCUGGUGGAGGAGUUUAUAACCUACAUGGCACAGAGACCUGGGUACAUGAGGGAGGCAGGGGUUAGGGAUUUCAGCGAUGAGAAGUCAGUGUUUGCAGACACCGUGGCAGACUUGCUGCAGCAGCAUGAUGACCACCUAGCGACUGCCAUCAGUACUGCAUUCGCUACUGACAAGGGUAAUCCCAGCCGUACUAACCUGGUACAGGGCCUGAAGACACUUCUACAACCCCUUCUGAGGGUCAUGUUUGUAGGGUAUCUCCAGUUGGACUGUCUCCUGUAUAUCUGGGACCAGUAUAUCAUUGGCCUGGAUGUCCCAGCUUACCAGGUCCUCCCCACCAUCUCUACUGUACUCCUCAUGCUUCUCAGGGAACACUUCUUCAAGUGCAAGAAUUCUCACCAGAUGGAACAGGUUUUAUCCAGUCACAGCCGGAAGCUCCACAUGCACCAGUUCCAGUACGAGAUCAACAAGAGGUUCUACAGGACACUGCAUGCUCAGAUCCACAAGGAUGACAAGUCUACCAUGCCUGUCCUCGAUCCCACACAAAGUGUGGGCAUGCCCCCUCCAUGGACACACUGGUCUGUAGAGAAGCUCCCUCCCAGACAGAAGGCCCACGAUCGCAGGCAGGCUAGAGAGGAGAGGGAGGCUCAGAGACUCAGAUUUGUUGAACAACAAAAGGCAGAAGUGGAGAUGAAGCAGGAAGAUGAACUGGCCAGAAGAAGGGAGGAGGAGAGGCAGUUAGAACUGGCCCUGGAGCAGUCCCGCCGUCAACAGGACCAGGAAAGACUGGCACUGGAACAGGAACUGGAUGCGGAGCGCCAGGCAAGAUACGAGUUACAGAAGCGGGCUGACGACCAGAUCGCCAUGCUACAGAAACAGAUUGAUGAACUCAAGAGGAUGAAAGAUACCAAACCUAAAUCAGCUGCACCCUCAGAGACACUCUCUACAUUCAGUCUGAAGGCUCCUCCCCCUUCAGCUGCCACUCAUGUGACCCGCACCUGGCCAGUCGCCCCCUCACCUGCCAGGUCUGAACCCUCCCGAACACCUGGAACACCUGAUGCAGUCAAAGCAGAGACUAUCAUGCGAGACUUAGUAGGGCGGAUCAUGCAAGGAACCAACUUCUUGGCACACAGUUCUGGUGAUGAGAAGGACACCUUGGACCAACAGACCAGACAGAGCCUACAGGCAUACAACAAGGAUCGCAGGGAAGCAGAGAUUGAGAUAUUUGGACGUCGCAUCAGUUCCCGUGACUGGAACACCAUGGCGUCCGGCGAGCGUACGAACACCCAGGGACGACUAGCGGACGCCGUUCGGAGGAAAGUAGAACAACGACAUGGCUCCAACAGUCGACAGGGCACCAACAGUCGACAUGGAACCAGCAGUCGACACUAGCCACUGUGCUUCACUUAGGCCACACCAAUUUA